AUGCAGCAGCCUGAUGAUGAUUUCCAGCUAAUACAGAGGAGUUUUAUGGAGAAGCACUACCAGGAAUUUGAUGACUCAGAAGAAAACAAGCUCAUCUAUACUUCUAUUUUUAACGAAUACAUCUGUUUAGUAGAGAAAUACAUUGAAGAAAAGCUGCUUGAUCGGAUUCCGGGUUUUAAUAUGACUGCGUUCACGAUGUCAUUGCAACAGCACAAAGAUGAAAUGGCAGGUGAUAUAUUUGAUAUGCUUCUCACGUUUACUGAUUUCCUGGCUUUUAAAGAAAUGUUCUUGGAUUACAGAGCUGAAAAAGAAGGUCGGAGUCUGGAUUUAAGCAGUGGGUUAGUGGUGACGUCCUUAAACAAAUCAUCGAUAUCUUCCUCCUAGAGGGGUUUGUGCACUAGCUUCCCUCUCCACAUGAGUGUUCUCACUUCCAUUUGGACGUUAAAACACUAAAGGUCAUGAGAAUCAAGGUGCUUUUACGUGAUGAAAA